AUGACUGUUACCAUGACAGCAUCUGGAGCCCAGCUCCUCCUGUUAGCCCUGUGUGUUUACAGAGGCUCAGGCCUGCAGCCGUCGGCACCGCGGGUUCAUCUCUCCUUCAAAGAACUGAUGGACACACGAGCCGCUCGUCCCUUCAGCUUCUCCUUCAACACCAGCGACUACCGCAUCCUCCAUAUGGACCAGGACCAGGGCCGCCUCUACCUGGGCAGCCGCGAGUACCUGGUGGCCCUGGACAUGCAAAAUGUCAACAAGGAGCCGCUCAUAAUCCACUGGCCGGCGUCGGCGAAGAGAAAGGGAGAAUGCCAGAUGACAGGAAAGGGAAGACAGGGUGAAUGUGCCAACUUUGUGAGGUUGAUUGAACCGUGGAACCGCACCCACCUCUACAGCUGUGGCACCGGGGCGUACCAGCCUAUCUGCACAUUCAUCAACCGAGGCUGGAGGGCAGAGGACUACCUGUUCAGACUAGUCCCAGGGUAUGUGGACUCAGGGAAGGGAAAGUGUUCCUAUGAUCCCACGCAGGAGAACGUCGCACUUCUAAUCAAUGGUAACCUCUAUGCCGGGGUCCACAUCGACUUCAUGAGCACAGACGCUGCUCUGUUUAGGACCAUGGGGGGGAGGACAGCCAUCAGGACGGAGCAGUAUGACUCCAGGUGGCUCAACGAGCCUGUGUUUAUUCAGAUCCAGCAGAUCCCCGACAGCGCAGAAAAGAACGACGACAAACUUUACUUCUUCUUUCGUGAGAAGAGUCUGGACUCCAGCGGCGGGGCCAGCCCCAUCGUUUUGGCUCGGGUCGGAAGGGUGUGUCUGAACGACGAAGGGGGGCAGAAGUCCCUGGUGAACCGCUGGACCACGUUCCUGAAGGCUCGUCUCAUCUGCUCGGUGAUAGGAGACGACGGAGUGGAGACGCGCUUUGAUGAACUACGCGACGUGUUCAUCCAACCCACACAGGACGAACGGAACCCCAUGGUGUACGCACUCUUCACCACAGCGGGCUCUGUGUUCAAGGGCUCAGCCGUCUGCGUCUACUCCAUGGCCGACAUCCGCAAUGUCUUCAACGGACCGUUUGCCCACAAACACGGGCACAAUUAUCAGUGGACCGAGUACAUGGGCAAGAUUCCCUACCCAAGGCCCGGAACAUGUCCAGGAGGAACCUUCACUCCAGGAAUCCUCUCCUCCAAGAACUUCUCAGAUGAGGCUGUGGAUUUCAUCAGAUCCCAUCCUCUCAUGUUCAAUCCAGUAUAUCCUAUCCACCGCCGCCCCCUGGUGGUAAGAACCGGCGUGGACUACCGGUUCACUGCCCUGGUGGUGGACCAGGUGGAUGCUGUUGAUGGACGGUAUGAGGUGCUCUUCCUGGGGACAGAUCGUGGAACUGUGCAAAAAGUGAUUGUUUUGCCAAAGGACCCAGUCAGCAUGGAGGAACUGACUUUAGAGGAAGUUGAGGUUUUCCGGACGAGAGCUCCGGUCAAAACGAUGAAGAUCUCGUCCAAAAGACAACAACUGUACGUGUCGUCAGACGCGGGUCUGACCCAGGUGUCGCUGCACCGCUGCGGUGCGUACGGCCGGGCCUGCUCCGACUGCUGCCUGGCCCGCGACCCUUACUGCGCCUGGGACGGCGAGAGCUGCUCCGCCUUCACCCCGUCCACCAAGAGGAGGAGCAGGAGACAGGAUGUGAAACACGGCGACCCGCUGAGGCAGUGCAGAGGGUUCAACGCCAAAGUGGAGAAACGUCUCAGAGAAACGGUCCAGUUUGGAGUGGAGGGCAGCAGCACUUUCCUGGAGUGUCAGCCUCGCUCGCCUCAGGCCUCCGUCAAGUGGCUCUUCCAGAGGGAAGGGAAGAGGAAAGUGUUGAACCGCGUGGGUGGUGUUCUGAAGACCAAUCACGGCAUCCUGCUUAAGUCCCUUAACCAAUCAGACGCAGGCCUCUACCACUGUCUGGCCACUGAGAACAACUUCAAACACACCGUGGUCCGCGUGGCGCUGCGCAUCCUGGACCGAGACAUUGUUCUGGCCCUGACUGAUCAGGACGAAGACCAGGAGCCAAAGACGCACCACGCCGCUCCUUACCCACAAUCCUCCUUGGUCUCCACCCCCUUCCCACCUGAGAUCAGACUGAUCAACCAGUACUGCCAGUCCUACUGGGAGCAGCUCAGCCCCAAACAGCAGCAGCAGCAGCGUAAGCGCACCAACCGCCGGCACACCGAGAGCCUGGACCAGGGUCUGGGCUAGGACCCGACGCCCACGCUGUCCAACACUGGUUUGUCUGGACUUGAAGUGGACUUUUAUGUUUGACAUGGAUGUUGUCGGUUGUUGCCUCCACCCGUUCCAGAACCUUAUUUAUGGUUUGGCCGCUGUUGGUCCCAAAUAUUGAAACACUUCAUUAUGACCUUUGACCUCUUCGCAGAAGAAAUCAUAGUAUCACAGCAUGUACUGUGAGUAUAACCUGUUUACGGACGUCGUUUACGAUGUCAGAUUUUUUCAUUGAAAUUUUUUUUUCCUUAAAUAAAAAAAAAAGAAAAUCCAAGUCAGACUCACAGUGUAAGCUGUAAAUUUGACGUGAAAAAAAACCCCAAAAAAAUUUUAGGUUGAAAAUGUUAGACAUUUGUUGAUGUUCUACGUCAACAUCUGGAAUUUAAGCAGUUGUGGCGAAGGUCAAAGGUCACCAACAUUUUAGCGUCAAAGUCCGGUUUCACAUAAGACAAUAUUCUCACAGCAGGUCAUCAUAUAAUCAUUAAAACGCAAAAAAACAA